AUGAACGGCGACACUUACGCUUCGAGAGACUCUGGUCGCUCGAGAGACUACUACGUGAGUGAUAAAUUGCCGCGGGACGAGCGCCGGGAUCGCGGAGACAGAGGAGAUCGGAGACGCUCGAGGUCUCCUCACCACAGCUCUAGAGGCUCCCGACGCGAUUUCGAGGCGGACUCGUACUCGUCGAGCCGUGACUAUCGCGCCAGAGAACGGGAAGACCGCUACUCGAGCAGCCGGAGGGACGAUCGAGACUGGGACCGAGGGGAUCGCCGACGCAGAGACUAUGAUGAACGACCAUCUCGACGCGAGAGAGACAGAGACUUGUUUGAUGAGAGACCCCGGCGAGAAGGCAGAGACAGAGGUGACAGAGGUGAUCGCGAUCGGGAACGUGGCGACCGCGGCGACCGCGGCGAUCGUGAUAGAGAGCGCAACCGUGACAGAGGAGAGCGCAGGAGGAGCCCUUCGCCUCCACGAAAGAGGGAACCCACGCCCGACUUGACAGAUGUCGCCUCUGUCUUGACCCGGCAACGACGUUUGACGCAGUGGGAUAUUAAGCCUCCUGGUUAUGAGAAUGUCACAGCGGAGCAGGCUAAGCUUUCGGGCAUGUUCCCCCUUCCUGGAGCGCCUCGACAGCAACCUAUGGACCCCAGCCGUCUCCAGGCUUUCAUGAGCCAGCCUGGUGGUGGAUCUGCGGAAAGCUCGACCCUCAAACCCUCGAAUUCUCGCCAGGCGAAGCGUCUGUUCGUAUACAACCUGCCAUCAAGUGUGACAGGGGAGUCUGUGCUCGCUUUCUUCAAUUUGCAGCUUAAUGGCCUCAACGUCAUUCACAAUGUGGACCCCUGUAUCUCCGCCCAAGUGUCCGAGGAUCGCUCUUUCGCUCUCAUGGAGUUCAAGACGCCCAAUGACGCUACUGUUGCCCUUGCACUCGAUGGUAUUGCUAUGGAAGAGCAUGGUGCGGAGGCUGAGAACGGAGCGCCCAAGGGACUGGAAGUGCGACGACCUAAGGACUACAUUGUUCCUGGUGGAGCAGAGCAGGAAUACCAGGAAGGAGUGCUUUUGAAUGAAGUGCCUGAUUCGCCCAACAAGAUCUGCGUUUCCAACAUUCCCAGCUAUAUCCCCGAAGAGCCCGUCACAAUGCUGCUCAAGUCGUUUGGCGAGCUCAAAUCGUUUGUUUUGGUUAAGGAUAACUCGACUGAGGAGUCUAGGGGAAUUGCAUUCUGCGAGUAUGCCGACCCUUCGGCAACUAGCAUUGCCGUCGAGGGACUUAAUGGUAUGGAACUGGGUGACAGGCAUCUGAAGGUUGUCCGUGCCAGUAUUGGAAACACACAGGCCUCUGGUCUCGACAUGGGUGUGAACGCUAUGUCGAUGUUUGCAAAGACAACAUCUCAAGAUUUAGAGACCAGCCGAGUCCUGCAGCUGUUGAACAUGGUGACCCCCGAGGAGCUUAUGGACAAUGAUGACUACGAGGAAAUCUGCGACGAUGUGCGCGAGGAGUGCUCGAAAUACGGACAAAUUCUGGACGUGAAGGUGCCUCGCCCAUCGGGUGGCAGCAGGCAGUCGUCCGGAGUGGGCAAGAUCUUUGUCAAGUUCGACACGGUGGAGUCGACGACCAAUGCAUUAAAGGCACUUGCCGGAAGGAAGUUUUCUGACCGGACUGUUGUGACGACCUACUUCUCCGAGGUAAGUUGA